AUGUGUGACACCUCAUAUUAUAUAGUGAGGGCCGUUCUUGGACAAAGAGUGCACAAUGUACCACAUGUCAUCUAUUAUGCCUCCCUGACUUUGAAUGAUGCUCAGUUGAAUUGUUCAACUACGGAAAAGGAGUUGCUUGCUGUUAUUUUUGCUUUAGAGAAAUUUAGAUCAUAUCUUAUUGGCACUAAAGUAAUUGUAUUCUUUGAUCAUGCAGCACUUAGGUACCUCCUCCAAAAGAAGGAAGCCAAGCCGCAAUUGAUUAGGUGGACUCUCUUACUUCAAGAAUUCGAUUUGGUGAUUAGAGACAAGAAAGGGAGUGAAAAUGUGGUGGCUGACCAUUUGAGUAGGCUAGUGCACGGAUCCAAUGAAGAAGAGGACGUGCUUCCUCUACGUGAAAGUUUCCCCGAUGAGCAACUCUUCACCCUUGACGCCAAGGACCCUUGGUACGCUGAUGUUAUCAAUUACAAGGCUUCAAAACUGAUUCCGGAGGAUCUCACUCUCAAAAGGAUAAGCUUGUCAAAAAAAGGUUUACAGAGCUUGAAUGCUUACCUGAUUGUUGAAAAUAUGCCCCUCUUCACAGCAGAGCUUAAACCCUAA